UAAUGAAUCUGAAUCUAUAAAAAAUUAAAUAAGAGUACCUAAUGUAUAAAAUUGUAGAUACUUAUUCUUAGAUAGUUUCUUCUGAUUACAUACCCACAUUAAAAUCAUAGCUGAUUUAAUGUCGCGGGCGAUGCAUUAUUUUAAUUUGACUGGACUUUAUGGUAUCGUAUGCGCACAUGCAGCGUGUUGUACUGCGCAUAUAAUAUUAUGUUUGUGUUUGCGUGGGCGAUUUGACACUGCAUUGGACAACAAACGCACGACGAGGCAUAAACGAGACCUCAGAGAGCUUGCCUUAUGGGUUUGUUUUGGUUAUUUUUCACUCAUCUGUUGUAGCCAAGUAGUAAAUGGUAGCCAUAGCAUUAUACAAUAUGAUACUAGUAGGAACAGAAAUAGAGACGUAGUGUUGGAGACCUAUGUUUCGGCACGUAAGGGGCAGCUCAAUCGGGGUGAUACUACAGAUAACCGGCGUGAAACAACUACAGAGUUGUGUUUCACCGUGUGAAUUAGGUUACCAGAGGCCCAACCUUUACCAAUACCCAACACUCGUAACUCCUCCGUUGUUACAGGUGUCCAUGGGCAACGCUGAUUGCUCACCAUUAUCCUUCUGAACGUUUGCCGUACAGUCGCAUAAGAAAAAAAAACCCUUAGCGGAUAUCUUUGCCCGAACACAAAAAAUAACUAUAAUAUUGUAAAUAAAUGUACCUAUAUAGCUAUCGACGUUAUUUAAUUUUUAGGCUAAACUUGAAUAUUUUUGUGGUUGAACCAUCGAUCACUAAUAUUAUUACUGAUCGAAGGGUUAAACUAAAUAUUAGAUACGUUGCUAAGUUCACUCAGUCGUCGACUAAACAUAAUAGAAAUAGGGGUAGUGUGGGGUGGUGCUAAAAUCUUGUUUUACGUUUUACACAUUGCCAGAAUGUACGACAUCACUCAGUUAAGUUAUUGUAAUAUUAGAAUAAUAAUAAGUGUUAUGUUUCAUUUCCAUGCUAUUUUGAGAUUAUUAGAACAUUCCAGAUAAUGAAACGGGGAAUGAUUCCCGAACUUGCGUGAACAUAGCAGUGACAACAUUGUCCACUGCAAAAACAGUAAUAGGGUUGGCACUCAUUAUAUUUCAAUUAAAUUCAAAAUUGCUUUCUACCUAUGUACCCCUACCUAAUUUAUUAGAAAUUGGUUAUCAUGAUAUGAGUAAACAUAUUACGGCUGAAGUUUCAAGUUGGCAUGAGUAUAAAUACAAAGGUGGAAGUUUCGGCUACCAACUUGCAUCUUUAUACUACUAUUUUCAUAUCUGCAAUUGUAACGAUGUACCUAUGUGUCUGUUAAUGACUGAUAAUUAAUAAUAAAAGAGUUGAUUGAUUAGUAAUAAUAAGAGUUUAUAUUUAAACAGAUUUUUAUUUAUCACUUAAACGUAUAUCGGCCCUAACCCACCGUUUU